UUGUAUAGAUCAAUGUAUUUUUGAUCGUGUGUCACAUGUGCUUUUUUGUUAAGAAAUUGUUUUUCUUAUAUAGUUAUUAUUAAUAUAGAAAUAAAUUGUACAAAAAAAUGUCUGUCCCUGAAAAAGUGUUAAUGCGUAAAAUUAAGAAACGAGAGAAGAAAAAAUUAGAAUUUUUAAAACAACGUGCCGAGGAGCAACAGAAUGAAAAAUCUAAAGACACUGAAAGCGAAACAGAAGAAGUCAAAGUGACAAAUGGACUUGGAGUGAAAAGGAAAAAGAAAGAAGAUGUUGAACCAGUUAAAAAAAAAAAGAAAAAGGUUAAAAAGAAUAAAGUAGAAGUGGAAUCCAUAAGUGAUGAAGAAGAAGAAAAUGAGGAGGAAAAAGAAGAGACGGAAGAAGAAAAUGGAGAAAUUACCGAGGAUGAAGAAAAAGAUGAUGAAAAUUUAGAAAAACAAAAUAAUACAGAUAAAUUUGAAAAUUUUACUUUGCCAGGUUGUUCAGUUGGUUUAGAAGUAUUUAAAAAUCCAGAAUUUUCAUCAUUGGAGGAUAAAAUUUGUGAGAAUACAUUAAAGGGAAUUAGUGAUAUGGGUUUUACAAAAAUGACAGAAAUACAAGCACGUUCAAUUCCUUCGUUACUUGAAGGCAGAGAUCUUGUUGGAGCAGCAAAAACUGGAUCUGGAAAAACUUUAGCUUUUCUUAUACCCGCAAUUGAUCUCAUUUAUAAACUCAAGUUUAUGCCUCGAAACGGAACUGGAUGUAUUAUAAUUUCACCAACACGUGAAUUGGCAAUGCAAACAUUUGGUGUUUUAAAAGAAUUAAUGAAAUAUCAUUUUCACACAUAUGGAUUAUUAAUGGGUGGAACUGAUCGAAAAGCAGAGGCUCAAAAAAUUGCAAAAGGAAUUAAUAUUAUUGUUGCAACACCCGGACGACUAUUGGAUCAUCUUCAAAAUACUACAGAUUUUUUGUAUAAAAAUUUACAAUGUCUUAUUAUUGAUGAAGCUGAUCGUAUUCUUGAUAUUGGAUUUGAAGAAGAAAUGAAGCAAAUAAUCAAUCUUUUGCCAAAAAGAAGACAAACAAUGCUUUUCAGUGCAACACAAACAAAAAAAACGGAAGCAUUGACAAAAUUAGCUUUAAAAAAAGAGCCAAUUUAUGUUGGUGUGGACGAUGAGAAAUUACAAGCAACAGUUGAUGGUUUAGAGCAAGGAUACGUGAUGGCACCAAGUGACAAGCGAUUUCUUCUAUUAUUCACAUUUCUUUGCAAAAAUCGAAAUAAAAAAGUUAUGGUCUUUUUUAGUUCGUGUAUGUCUGUUAAAUAUCAUCACGAGCUUCUAAAUUAUAUUGAUCUUAAAGUCCUUUGUAUUCACGGCAAACAAAAACAAACGAAACGAACGACAACAUUUUUUCAAUUUUGUAACGCUUCCUCGGGAAUUCUUUUGUGCACAGACGUUGCCGCGAGAGGACUUGAUAUUCCUGAUGUUGAUUGGAUUGUACAAUAUGAUCCACCCGAUGAUCCUAAAGAAUACAUUCAUCGUGUGGGAAGAACAGCUCGCGGAGAAGGCAGUAGCGGUCAUGCCUUAUUGAUAUUGCGACCUGAGGAACUUGGUUUUUUGCGUUAUCUCAGCCAGGCACGAGUUCCUGUAAAUGAAUUUGAAUUCUCAUGGAAUAAAGUGAAAAAUAUUCAACUCCAGUUGGAGAAAUUAGUUGCAAAAAAUUAUUAUUUAAAUAUGUCAGCGAAGGAAGCAUAUAAAGCUUAUGUGCGAGCUUAUGAUUCACAUCAUUUGAAGCAGAUUUUUGAUAUUGAAACUUUAGAUUUGGCUGCUGUGGCAAAAUCAUUUGGAUUUCUUAAUCCACCAGCAGUAGAUUUAAAAGUGGGAUUGAGUAAAGAUACAAGACCACGAAAAAAACUUGGAGGUGGUGGUUUUGGAUAUUUUAAAAAUAUGAACAAUCCCAAUGGUGGAAAGCAGAUGCAUCGUAAAAAAAUUUUUCAUCAAGGUGGAAAACGUGGUAAUGAGGGUCGACAAUUCUCAAGAUAAUAUUUCAUUAUCACCAAUUCGAGAAAUAACAUUUUUUGUUACAAUUUGUAAAAAUAGAAAUAAAUUUAUUAUUAAUAUA